AUGGGAUAUCAGCCUAUCGGUGCUGUUAUCUCGUAUGGAAACGGAAAUGGCGACGAUUUCAAAAGGACUACGAACGUUAAUGGAGCUACUUCUUAUCCAUGGGGUUCGGAAAACGUCGACGGGGCAGCAGACUACGCCUUUAAUGCAGUGCUUAAUGGAGUACCAUCGAACGCGCCGACGUUUUCUAACCUGGCCAAUACUGCCAGUGUCUCUGACAGUGCUGUGGCGGGGACCAGUGUAUUCACUGUAGCCGUGUCGGAUGUGGACGGGGAUAUCCAGUCUACAGAAAUGACGAAUGCUUCCCCCUACUUCAGUUUCGACACGUCAACACUUGAAGUUAGUGUACUAUCCACAGCGCCAGCAGGUGCUUAUCCAUUGAACUUCAAAGUCACUGACAGGUGUACCAAUACGGCGACAGCCACGCUAUCUGUGACUGUCGCUGAUCCCUGUACUGGCUCGUCAAGUCCUACCUUCUCCGACGCCACUCCGACCGCCUCCAUAUCUACGACGGCCGCCGUCGGUACGACAGUAUCCACCCUCACAGUGUCCGACGUGGACGGCGGCACGCUCACCACAGUAAUGACGUCAUCAUCCCCUUACUUCACGUUUGACACUUCUUCACUUGAGGUGACGGUAUUGUCGUCCGUCCCGGAGGCAGUGUACCCCCUGAAUUUCGAAGUGACAGAUGACUGUUCCAACACGGCGACAGCCACGCUAUCUGUGACUGUCACUGAUCCCUGUACUGGCACGUCAAGUCCUACCUUCUCCGACGCCCCUCCGACCGCCUCCAUAUCUACGACGGCCGCCGUCGGUACGACAGUAUCCACCCUCACAGUGUCCGACGUGGACGGCGGCACGCUCACCACAGUAAUGACGUCAUCAUCCACUUACUUCACGUUUGACACUUCUUCACUUGAGGUGACGGUAUUGUCGUCUGUCCCGGAGGCAGUGUACGCCCUGAAUUUCGAAGUGACAGAUGACUGUUCCAACACAGCGACAGCCACGCUAUCUGUGACUGUGACUGACCCCUGUACUGGCUCGUUAAGUCCUACCUUCUCCGACGCCACUCCGACCGCCUCCAUAUCUACGACGGCCGCCGUCGGUACGACAGUAUCCACCCUCACAGUGUCCGACGUGGACGGCGGUACGCUCAACACAGUAAUGACGUCAUCAUCCCUUUACUUCACGUUCGACACUUCGUCACUUGAGGUGACGGUAUUGUCGUCCGUCCCGGAGGCAGUGUACGCCCUGAAUUUCGAAGUGACAGAUGACUGUUCCAAUACGGCGACAGCCACGCUAUCUGUGACUGUCACUGAUCCCUGUACUGGCACGUCAAGUCCUACCUUCUCCGACGCCACUCCGACCGCCUCCAUAUCUACGACGGCCGCCGUCGGUACGACAGUAUCCACCCUCACAGUGUCCGACCUGGACGGCGGCACGCUCACCACAGUAAUGACGUCAUCAUCCCUUUACUUCAUGUUUGACACUUCUUCACUUGAAGUGCAAGUGUCUUCCACCGUCCCGGCUGGUAGUUAUAGCUUAACCUUCCAGACAUCAGAUGAUUGUUCCAACAAUGCGAUAGCCACGCUCUCAAUAACAGUGUUAAGCUUAAGUCAGGUGACCCCCACCUUCAGCGUCUCUACUGCGAUGUCUACCAUGCCAGAUGAUUAUUCGAUAGGAACAACAGUGGUCCGUCUUACUGUGACGGAUCCCGAUGGAGGCACGACUACCACAUCUAUGACGUCCUCAUCUACGUACUUCGAACUUGACCCCGUCACACUUGAUGUAAAAGUUCUAUCCAGUUUGACAUCCGGUACUUACGUGCUAGAAUUCCAAGUAGUGGAUAACGACGGACAUACCGGUACAAGCCAGCUCAACAUUACAGUCGAUAAUGCGAAACCGCUGAUUACAAGCCUACCUACGUAUGCGUACUUGACAGAAUCAACAACGGCAGAAACAUUGCUCCACACUCUGGUGACAAGUGAUGCCUCCCCUUCCGAUACCGUUACGUGUUUACUGGUGGCGUCUGACCCUACCUCUAGUGACUUUACUGUCAAACUCGUAUCGGGAACAUCUUACGGUAUAUACUCACUGGCGAGUCAUUCGUUCAAUUAUGUGACCACCAAGCGCUACAAACUGACAAUCAACUGUACUGAUACCAAAGACGACGUUUCUGGCUCGUUUUACGUAUACAUACUUCCCAACCGUCCUCCGACAUUUACCAAUCUGCCAAAUUCAAUAUCGGUGGCACAUUCAAGCAGUUCUGGCACAAGUGUAUUCCAUGUGACUGGAUCCGAUACGGAGGGUGACACACUUACGUUUUCUAUGUCCUGCAGUUCCUGUCCUUUUCAAAUUACGAAUGGAGGAGAGAUUAGCACAAAUCAGGUGUUAAGUGGUUCUACAGUGGGAUACGAUAUUUUCGUUCUGGUGACUGACGCUACCACCAGUGUAGGACCAAAUGUUCUAACUGUAAAGAUUUCUGAUAUAAACGCGGACCCUGUUAUAACGAACCUUCCUUUUCCCAGUAACAUAUCUGUGUUGGAGAACCAGCCUGUGGGAACCGCCGUGUUUACCGUCGUCUCGGGUGACGUAGACACCUCCCAGACGCUUGUCUACUCGCUGUUGGUCACGCCCAGCUCGGGACAAACCCUGUUCACAAUCGAUUCAAAUGGUGUAAUUACUACCACGCUUUCGAUUGAUUACGAUACACAGACGGAUGUUUACUUUAAUAUUGCGGUGACUGUGUCUGACGGGCAGGCGAGCGACACUGAGCCGCUUUACGUCAUCAUACAGAAUGAGAACGAGGCUCCAAGCUUCUCUAGUAUAGCAUAUUACCUGUCUGCGAUUGAGGAGGAAGUAAGAGGAACAAGUUUGGGCACACCUUCGUACGGUGUCACCGAUCCGGAUUUGGACUCCAUCAAUUAUAGCAUCGACUGUUAUCAGUUCUUGAUCAAUUCGUCAACAGGGGAGAUAACAUUUUACGCGGCCUACGACCUCGACCUAGCCGGCUCGUCAUCGACAAUCAGUUGUAUUGUGAGUGCUGAUGAUGGCGAAUUGACAGGAACGGCUACAUUAAUCGUCACCAUCAAUGAUAUCAAUGAUAACAGCCCAAUAUUUGAUAAUGAAAUCUACAGUUUUACGUCUAGUGUGUCUGCAAAAUCUGGUGCUGUUAUUGGAACAGUAAGCGCGACAGAUGCUGAUUAUUCCACACUUUACGGAGCAGUGACUUUCACUAUUAAUCAGACUCUGCUAAGCACAAACUAUUUCGGGGUAUCUGGAACGGGUUCAUUAUUUGCUGUGCAGGACCUUUCUGCACUUGGGAGUGGAUCAGUUCAUGACGUGACGGUCACCGCUACAGACACAGAUGGAAACCAUGGUUCGUUAUUUCGUCAAUAUUUAUCUCAAUCUUAUUCUUUAAUAUUUCCUACCUUACGUCACACUCAUGUUAUAUAUCAUUUUUUACAUUCAUAUUUAAUCUGCAUGUCCAUUCAGUUUACAUCGAAACUGAUAAUAUCAGCCAUCGUAUGUAAUACUUGUUACCUGGCCAUGCCUAUUCCUUAUUUGCACACGUCCCUGGUUACUAUUAUCAUUCCUGACUACACUACAACAACCGGUCAAGUCACAGAUUCUGACGACCGGUACCUAACGUUUAUUGAGGACACAAAGAAUGUCGCCUGGUUGACGUCAUUUUGUUUGGCUAGCUUUGGUUCAAUGUGUCUUAUAGGUUACCUUAUCAACAAGUAUGAGCUCCUCAAGUUUUGGAGGGACGGUCUCAAGGAAACAUUUCAGAGAAAGGGCGAUAAAACAUCGAAAUCAAGAAAUGGUUCUGAUGCUCGUCAACGCAAGAAUGAGAGACGAUCGUCUAAUACUAAUGGAAGCCGCAAUACAACCAGACGAAAACAACCCAUGCAGUCAUCAGAUUCAGGAAUGCCAAGACAAAAGAUACGAGAUAUUCGACAUUUCAUAAACGCUCAGACCACUCAGUUUUGAUAUUGUCGUUAGAAACCGCCUUUUGCAGUGUUUUUCUUUUGUGUGUGUUGACACGUAGUAAGUUAGAUUUCUCAUGGUCAUUUGAUCAAAUCAUUUCUCUCCAUGUCGCGUGCUUAAUAAUUCCUGUUUUAUUAAGGGUGACUCGUAUUAUUCACUGAUCUAACUUUUUCAUAUCUAAAUGCAUAAUCGCGUGAUCUGUUAUAGUUGUGUAGUUAGAACUUUCUCGUUAUUUGAACGUUUCGUUCCCUGCACAUUGAGCUUUCCCCUUUACGUUGUUCAUGAUAAAUCCGUCCAAACAAACAAAGUGUAGCCGGCCUCAUAGCAUUGCCAAUACAAUGUCAAUCCAUCCAGUGAUCUAAUGAUUUCUAAAUGUGAAUUGUGUACAAAUGCUUUCUAAUCCCAUUCUUAUCAAAAUUAUCCAAGAAAGUAUUUGUGUUCUGACAACAUGUCAUGUUAAAUCGCUUGGUUGACGCAUGAGCAGGUCAGUGAACAGGUGUGUCCAAUAAGGUCAGUGAACAGGUGUGUCCAAUAAGGUCAGUGAACAGGUGUGUCCAAUAAGGUCAGUGAACAGGAUGAAAUGAUAAAUCAAGUUAUAAUGCACCAUUCUUCCCAGAAUAUUGUAAGAUUUAAAGGUACCGUGACCACUGUACCACAAAGGUAGAGAAAGCCUCUUUGUUAUUUAACAUAAAGUUACUUCCCUUUAAUUUGACCCAGUUCAUAUUCACUUUCCUGUUACACGAAACUCACCCUGCUUUUGUUGUCAUAAGAUAAGGAAGCGUCCUUAACACUUACUUUCCUUUCAUACAGUAUAUAUAUGUGUGUAUAUAGUUUUCGGAAAAUCUAUUUUAUGCGCUCUGCGAUAUUUUACUGACAAAAAUAAUGCAGUUUACGUUUUCUUCUACAGCAAUUGUUUCUUCUACUUUA